UUUGAGUUCUGUGAACCCAUCUUCGUGGUGGGCAACUGUCUGGAGAUCUCGUCAGACAGUCAUCAAUACGACCGUAUCUACUGUGGUGCGGGGGUGCAGAAGGAUCAUGAAAAUUACAUGAAAAUCCUGCUCAAAGUUGGGGGUAUUCUAGUGAUGCCUAUAGAGGAUCAGGUAAGCGUUAGAAUGUCUCUGAAUAAUGCAGACAACAUAAACAUCAUUAUUCAUGAUGGUGCCUUCCGUGUUGGGAAUCAGAGGCUGUGUCUGAAGUGGCAACUUAUUCACUAUAUAGUGCACUACUUCUGACCACAGCACUAUGGGCCCUGGUCUAAAGAAGUGCACUAAAUAGGCAAUAGGGUGCCAUUUGGGAUUCUGUUAGUGAAACAGCCCUAGCCUGCAUGACCAAUGAUGUAACGAUACCCAGCAAUUGUUAUUGUGCCUCAGAAGCCCCUGAACUGGUACUUACGCCAUCAGUCUGCUCUAUUUUGUCCUCUAAGAAAUUGAAAAAUAGCUAAAACACUUUAGAAAAAAGAUGACAUUGUGUGGCACUCAAGCAGGGAGGGAAACAACAUAACAUUUUUGAAGGGCUUGCACAAGCCCACACAGUCCGUCAUCCUGUGAAAUGGAAAGUCUAUCUGCUUAUGUUGUUUUUCUGAAAACAGUUGGAACUCCUGCGUUGCCAGGUUGGUGUGGUGGUGCAAUAAAGAGGGGGAUGUUUCUGAUGAGGAGAAUUAAGGCCAAAGGGCUGAGGCAGCUUAGAAGCUCAGGUCCACCACAGUUCCUCUGGAUCAACACCUCUACAUGACGGCCAAAACCAGCUUUUUGUCAUGUAGAUAUUUGAUUUGAAAGCACCCAUGUCCCUUUCUGGUGUGGAACUAAAGAUACAUAAUUUAUAAUACAUGUGAUUUUGUCCUUCUGUUGUCUUGGUGUUGUUGUUAUCAUGGUUGGUAUAACCUUUCCAUUGUCUAGUGCUGGGUACUCCAAAUUUUGACCCGAUUUCUUUAUUUGAAACAUUAAAAAAUCGUUGUUGGACAUUAAAGACUGUAAAAUCACCAGGAAAUCAGCUCAGUGAUUUUAAUUUAGGAAAUCUGUUCCGAAGUAUUCCCACACAUAAAUAGAGAGGCAUAUGUGAUGGUAUCCCAAUGUAAUCAAGGUAAUCAAGAAAAAAUUGGUCCGUGGCUGAAUGUAAUUGGGGACCCCUGAGGGAUAUCCUACAAAGCAAGCUAGAUCUACUCUGGGUUUUCUAAAGCUAACCAGCUUCAAGUUAGAUUCACAUUCCAGCUCAGGCUUCAUCCGUAUUACGACGGUGGAUAAUGAUUGUCCACCUGCCGCUAACGCAAGCAGGCUUGUAACUGCGGGUGCAUGUCACACAUGGCGAGUCAAAUGCCGAACUCUUCAUUGAGACAAUGCUGAAACAACAAUCCAUGGGCGAGUCAGUGACACAUUUUCAUUUGUGCUGAAAUCAAAAUGAAAGAAUUCGGCAGGCUAUGGCGUGAAAUAGGCUUUUAGAAGCACAGUCUUUAUUUUAUGAUUUACUGGUAAUGCACAAGCACCUUUUUUCCCACACCUAUUGAUAUUUUUUAAAUGAUUAAGUAAUACAAAAGUAUUACAUUGCGUGAAGUUUAAAUGCAUUCUUUCAUUACUAAAUGUGUAAUGUGAUAUAUUCUAACGCAAUUUUUUUUAGUCAAAAAAAACCAUUUGAUUAAUUAAACAUUUAAUCAGUCUUCCUCAAAUGAAGGUGAUGAUGACGCAAUCUUUGCAAGAGGGAGGGAAUCUAUACUUUUUUUAAAAUAACUUUCAAAUAGGCACGUUCUUCUCUUCUCUACCCUGCAACUCUUCCCUGGGUCCUUGGUGUACAAAACAUCAGAUCAUGCGCAGACCAGCUGUCUGGAGUGUUUAUGGACAUAUAUGUGUACAAAAAUAGAUGUGUUUUCUGUGAAUAUAUCUGGUCAAAUGUAAUUUUAAUAAUUUUAAUAAAGGAAAUCUGAGGAAAACGCUCUUGAAAUUCUAUCAACACGCCUUUGUACACGCGGCGCAAAUGAUUAUUGACCAUUGCUACAAGGCCCUCCCCCGCCCUCCCUUCAGGAAAUCUGACCAUGGGAACAAGGACGUGUACAAACAGACCAACUUUGACCUCCAUUAGGCAAUCAAAAAGGCAAAACGUCAGUACAGAGUCAUAGUGGAGUUGGAAUUCAACGGCUCAGACAUGAGACGCAUGUGGCAGUGACUCCAGACAAUCACAGAUUAUAAAGGGAAAGCCAGCCACGUUGCGGACGCUGCCGCAUCGAUUCCGGACAAGCUAAACACUUUCUUCGCCCGCUUCAAAGAAAACAACACUGAGCCGCUGACAAGGAUUGUGUGCUCCCGAUCUCCGUGGUUGACGUGAGUAAGACAUUUAAUUGUGUUAACCCUUGCAAGGCUGCCGGCCCAGACGGCAUCCCUAACAGCGUCAUCAGAUCAUGCGCAGACCAGCUGUCUGGAGUGUUUAUGGACAUAUUCAAUCUCUCACUAUCCCAGUCUGUUCUCCCCACUUGCUUCAACAUGUCCACCAUUGUUCCUGUACCCAAGAAAGCGAAGGUAACUGAACUAUCAAUCAAUCAAUCAAAUGUAUUUAUAAAGCCCUUUUUACAUCAGCAGUCACAAAGUGCUAUCAGAAACCCAGCCUAAAACCCCAAACAGCAAGCAUUGCAGAUGUAGGAGCACGGUGGCUAGGAAAAACUCCCUAGAAAGGCAGAAACCUAGGAAGAAACCUAGAGAUGAACCAGGCUCUGAGGGGUGGCCAGUCCCAUUCUGGUUGUGCCGGGUGGAGAUUAUAACAGUACAUGGCCAUUAAGGCCAGAUUUUUCUCCAAGAUGUUCAAACGUUCAAAGAUGACCAGCAGGGUCGAAUAAAAAUCACAGUGGUUGUAGAGGUUGCAACAGGUCAGUACAUUAGGAGUAAAUGUCACUUGGCUUUUCAUAGCCGGGCAUAAAGAGGUUGAAAUAGCAGGUGCGGUAGGGAGAGAGAUAGUUGAAAACAGCAGGUCUGGGACAAGGUAGCACAUCCGGUGAACAGGUCAGGGUUCCAUAGCCGCAGGCAGAAGAGUGGAAACUGGAGCAGCAGCACGACCAGGUGGACUGGGGACAGCAAGGAGUCAUCAGGCUAGGUAGUCCUGAGGCAUGGUCCUAGGGCUCAGGUCCUCCGGGAUGGGAGGGAGAGAGAGAAUUAGAGGGAGUAUACUUAAAUUCACACAGGACACCAGAUAUAACAGACUGACCCUAGCCCCCCGGCACAUAGACUAUUGCAGCAUAGAUACUGGAGGCUGAGACGGGGGGGUCGGGAGACACUGUGGCCCCGUCCAACGAUACCCCCGGUCAGGGCCAACCAGGCAGGAUAUAACCCCACCCACUUUGCCAAGGCACAGCCCCCACACCACCAGAGGGAUAUCAACAGACCACCAACCUACUACCCCGAGACAAGGCUGAGUAUAGCCCACGAAGAUCUCCUCCACUGCACGAGCCCAAGGGGGCGACUAACCGGACAGGAAGAUCACCUCAGUGACUCAACCCAAUGACUAUCGCCCCGUAGCACUCACUUCCGUAAUCAUGAAGUGUUUUGAGAGGCUAGUUAAGGACCGUAUCACUUCCAUCUUACCUGACACCCUAGACCCACUAUAAUUUGCACACAAUACCCCAUAAUGACUAAGCGAAAACGGUUUUUUAGACAUUUUUGCAAAUGUGUUAAAAAUAAAAAAAAAUGAAAUACGUUAUAUACAUAAGUAUUCAGACUCUUUGCUAUGAGACCUGAAAUUGAGCUCAGGUGUAUCCUGUUUACAUUGAUCAUCCUUCAGAUGUUUCUACCACUUGAUUGGAGUCCACCUGUGGUAAAUUCAAUUGAUUGGACAUGAAAGGCAUACACCUGUCUAUAUAAGGUCCCACAGUUGAUAGUACAUGUCAGAACGAAAGCCAUGAGGUGGAAGGAAUUGUCCGUAGAGCUCCGAGACAGGAUUGUGUCGAGGCACAGAUCUGGGGAAGGGUACCAAAACAUUUAUGUAGCAUUGAAGGUCCCAAAGAACACAGUGGCCUCCAUUCUUCAAUGGAAGAAGUUUGGAACCACCAAGACUAUUCCUAGAGCUGGCCGCCUGGCCAAACUGAGCCAUCGGGGGAGAAGGGCCUUGGUCAGGGAGGUAACCAAGAACCCAAUGGUCACUCUGACAGAGGUCCAGGGUUCCUUUGUGGAGAUGGGAGAACCUUCCAGAAGGACAACCAUCUCUGCAGCACUCCACCAAUCAGGCCUUUAUGGUAGAGUGGCCAGACGGAAGCCACUCCUCUGUAAAAGGCACAUGACAGCCCGCUUGGAGUUUGCCUAAAGGCACCUAAAGGACUCUCAGACCAUGAGAAACAAGAUACUCUGGUCUGAUGAAACCAAGAUUGAACUCUUUGGCCUGAAUGCCAAGCGUCACGUCUGGAGGAAACUUGGCACCAUCUCUACAGUGAAGCAUGGUGGUAGCAGCAGCAUCAUGCUGUGGGGAUGUUUUUCAGCGGCAGGGACUGGGAGACUAGUCAGGAUCGAGGGGAAAGAUGAACGGAACAAAGUACAGAGAGAUCCUUGACGAAAACCUGCUCCAGAGCGCUCAGGACCUCAGACUGGGGCGAAGGUUCACCUUCCAACAGGACAACGACCCUAAGCACACAGCCAAGACAAUGCAGAAAUGGCUUCGGGACAAGUCUCUGAAUGUCAUUGAGUGGCCCAGUCAGAUUUGAGGCUGUUCUGAGGGCAAAGGGGGGGUGCAUCUCAAUAUUAGGAAGGUGUUCCUAAUGUUUGGUAUACUCGGUGUAUCUACUAAAUUUGAGAUAAUAUUUUCAAUUUUGGAUUAUUGUGUGCUUGAUGACUUUAGUGGUCCUCUGUAGCUCAGCUGGUAGAGCACGGCGCUUGUAACGCCAAGGUAGUGGGUUCGAUCCCCGGGACCACCAAUACACAAAAAAAAAAAAUAUGCACGCAUGACUGUAAGUCGCUUUGGAUAAAAGCGUCUGCUAAAUGGCUUAUUAUUAUUAUUAUUAUUAUUAUUGCAUUGAUUGAUAGGAACUAGGAACAAAAGCAUUUCGCUACACCCGACACAACACCUGCUAAACUGUGUACGCGACCAAUACAAUUUUAUUUUAUUUGUCUAGUGGAUUGGUGUUAACAUGGUUGGUUUGUUCUCAAUGGACUGAUGUUGUUGUUGUUGUUAUUGUGGUUGCUAUACAGUAACUGCCACUUUUUAUUGUCUGGUUGCAGCUGACACAGAUCACCAGGACUGGUCAGUGUUCCUGGGAGAGUAAGAAUAUCCUGGCUGUGUCAUUCGCUCCUCUGGUCCAGCAGAACAGAGCUGAGGGAAGCAAGCCUGAUGCUGUAGAGCUGCGUGAGUUCUCUAUUCUAACCCCUGUUCUCUACUCUAACCCCUGUUCUCUACUCUAACCCCUGUUCUCUACUCUAACCCCUGUUCUACUUUAAACCUUGGGUCUUAUUCACUAGGCACCAAACUGUAGAAAAAUAAAGAGUUUUGCUACGGUGUGCACUAAUGAAUAUGACCCUGUUCUGUACCCAAACAGUUUUUUCUGUUCUGUUCUCUGUAAAUAGACACAUCAGAACAAUUCCCCCUUUGUUUUGUUUUCUAUCUCUCUUUUGAAGUGUAAAGUAAGCCACACUUUUUAAGUCAAAGUAUUUAUUUAAAGUUAAAAGACGAGACAAUUUCUAACAAAAACUUGACUCUAGAGGCCUAGCUGCCCUGUGGGUUGGUGCAUAAUUCUAAAUAAUUCAUUAACCGUAAUGGAAUUUUUCCAUUACUUAUUUUUCUAUAAAUGUAUUUGAAGUAUUGUCUCCAAAUGACCGACCUAUAAUCGAGCUCUUGCAUACUGAAUUUUAAUAGAAAAUGUUAUUGGGCUAAUGUGAUUUGACCUGCCAUCCUUGUUCCUGUCCUCUCCUCCUCCUCAGCCCCAGUGACGGUCAGGAGCCUUCAGGACCUGUCUCGCAUCUACAUCCGCCGCACCCUCCGAGAUCUGACCAAUGAGGAAAGCCUUGACAACGGCCUGGUGCAGAGGGCGCCCCAGAAACGCAAGCGCAGGCGUUGCCGGCGGCGACGCAUUAACACGUACGUCUUUGUGGGUAACCAGCUGAUCCCCCAAGCCGUGGAGAGCGAGGAGGACGAACGGAUCGAGGAGGAGCAGCACAAGGGGGACCAGGAGCAGCAGGAGGCGCAGGAGAAGGAGCGGCAGCGGGAGGAGGAGAGAGACAUUGGCAGCAUUGAGAUACUAAAGGCAGUGAAUGUGCUGAGAGACAAAAUCAUGACUUUACCUCUGCCUGAAUCGCUGAAGACCUAUCUGUUAUACUACAGAGAAAAA